CACGCACUCCCCCGAGAAUAUCCUACAGAAAGUAAAAUCCUCCCUUCGUAUUUCCGAUCCUGGAUAAACCCUUGCUUUCAGGCCCUCUAGGCGGAAAACAGUACUGCUCGUACUUUCUCCGGCGAAAACGCGGCUGGAAGUCGGGUGAAAACAAAAAGGUGCCCGCUGCCGUGCGAAACGCGGCUUCCUCGACGGAGUAAUAACUACGAGGAACACCACCAGCUUUAAGCAAGCUUCUUCUCGAAAUCGUGGCUCACGGCGUCGCGAAAACGCGGCGCACGAUCCACGCACGAUCAACGAACGAGACCGGCGAAAAGCGAACGCAGCCACAGCAUGCCACAGCGGGCAAACGCAAGCCUUCAGGCCGUCGUUCGUGUCUCGACCGGUCUCGGGGCAGGCUACUACACGUUUCCGCGAGCGAGCGAAACCGACGAAUCGCUUCGCAGUGCGUCACGCCGGCUUUCUAGAACGUUCUCGCGGACGCUCCUCGUUGGGGGCUACCGGCCUACCGGCACCGGCGAUUGCGGCGUGCAUGCCCAGUCUCGUUGUCGAGUGCCUCCGUGUCCGUACUAGUAUACCGCCAGCAAUGGGUCUGCGCCUGCUCGCAUCUUCUAGUCAGACGAUGCCGACGAAAGACGGCGGCUUGUCGGGGCCGUCGUUGUCAGCAUCGACAAAGCCGUCUUCGACCACGAGGGGUCCGUUUUUGAUCACCACGGUGGCGACGGUGGACUCCGAGAGCGGGACGAGUCAGGUUCGAGAAAUGAUUCGAAGUUUGAAGCGGGUACGGUUCAUCAGCGGUUCAGCUGCCAUGACGAUGCGGGAGGCCCUGACUGCGGACUCUGCCAUUGCGCUGGUCCAGCAGUACCUCAGGAAGGAGAAGCUGCAUUGGCAACCCUGCAAGUACUCCCUGCAGGGGGACGAGAUUACCUCUGUCCAAAGGAACCACACGGUGAAGUGGUUGACUGUGAUCAGCCGGUACCUGAAGUUUACUCCUGAGACGCUCUUCCUCUCAGUCACCCUCAUGGACGAGUUCCUCCGCUUGGUUAGGGCACGACCCAAGUACCUGAAAUGCAUCGCCAUUUCGUGCUUCUACCUGGCAUCCAAGAUAAUUGAAGAAGACGAGGUGGUUCCACAUAUCAAAGAUCUGAUCACUAACAGCAACUGCAACUUUAGUGUGUCCGAAAUUACGCGCAUGGAGGCAGUGAUUCUCAAGAAACUCAAGUGGGACCUGUGCCGGGCCACCGCACUGGACUUCCUUCACGGGUUCCACGCCCUACUGGUGCUGAACAGGGGCCUGUUCCUGCCGGACCAGUCCGCGGAGCAGCUAGCUGCCCUCGGUCCGCUGCUGGAGACGAAGCUGGAGAUCUGCCUGGACCAAAACUCGCUGCUGGCCACGAGACCGUCCACGGUGGCACUGGCUCUCGUGAGCCUUGAGCUGGAGACGUGGACUCGCAACUGGUUCGUCAUCACCAUUGCACUGCAGAGGCUGGCCCAGGUCGAGAACUCCGACGUGAUCCGGUGCCGUGAGGAGCUGGCAUGCAUCUUCACGACCGCCCGCACUGCCGUGUCCCGGAAACACAGGCACUCGGACUCGCAGAGCGCUUCGAAGCCGUCCAAGAGAAAGAUGGAUAACAUGGACAUUGAAGAGAUCUACGACAGCAUCAAGAAGCUCUACGGCGACGAAGGCGGAGUUGCCGCCACAGGAAGUUUCUGCGGGAUGCAACAAGGUCACAGCACUCUCGACAUGGCAGGCUUCCCGGUCCACGCCAUGUGAAGGUCGUUUGCAGGUCGUCUGCACCGUUGUCAAGGUUGUCCGACUGGAAAGCAACUGCACGCUAGGAACGAGGGUGUGGCAUUGAAUGGAAGCACGCGCGACGGCAAACACGUCCCCCAGCCCACCUGACCCAUCACCUCCGCCAGAAAAACUACCUAGUCUGUCGUCCAAAACGAAGGUGCGCCACGCCUCUGUCGCGACAUUUGAUUCGUUCUAGUCGCAACGUCGGCCAGUUUUUGGCACUUUGUAGUUCUUGGGUUUUUCUUUUUUUUUUUUUUUUGCGUAUACGCAAUAUGAAACGAGGUUUGCGAAAAUUGUGUUGCGUCUGUCCCAAGCCUUGCUUUGUUGGUGGGUGCUGCGAGACUAGACGCCGGAGUUAGGGCACUCCGCUGAUAUUGUUUUUGUAGUUUUUAAGGCGGCCUCUUUAGAUGUCCGCGGUCCGUGUAUUUUGUCCCGGUAUAAACUUUCGUGCGUGGAUGCUUUUUUCUUUCUUUUCAGUUUUUUUUUUGCUUCUUUUUAGUGCAGACGAAAUGAUGCGAAAGUACAAAGACGAAAAAAAGACUGAAGGAGAGAAAAAUGUGCUUUAUAAAGAACAAAUGUUUUUCUUGUUUUUACUUAUUUAUAACCUGCAGAUGGACAGAUGACUGUGUUUUUACCCAAGGCACAUUUCUAGGUUUUGCGAGGAAGUGCAGUAUUGGGGCGGGUUAAAAAAAAUUGUUUUCGUUCCUUGACCUUGGUCAUUUUUCGUGCUUUCGAGACAUUUGUGCGAAAGAAGAGCAGCCCCAAAAAGAAAUUGUCUCUGCGAGUUACGCGUUUCGGAAUCCUUCGAACCAGAGCAAUAACCGCAACGCUCUUUCCACGUUGUUUUCUCACAUUUUGUUACUAAUGUGUUCAGCUGGAGUGCCGGGAUGGGGGUGUUGGUGGAGAUGUUAAUAAGCAGGAUAGGAAAAGAGAAAAAAAAAUGGACGUUGUUGAACAGACGUGGAUUUCACCUGCUUUCAGUGUGCAGGCGCUUUCGCCGCUAGCAUUUUUAUGUUCUUACAAGAGUACAAUGAAGAAGAAAAAAAAAAAAAGUGUAUAAUAUGUAAAAAAUGUAAAAAAAUGUCAUAAGCUCAAAAAACCAAAAAAACAUUGUAAAUGAACUUCAUUUUCAUCACCCUGCUUUUAGUUCUGCUGGCACACCUAAUUUUAGUGAGCUUUUCUUUUUUUUUUUUUUAGUUCCUUUCUGCAUGUGUGCCUGUGGUCUUGCAUUGAUUUUAUCUUCCCCAAUGAAGCUUGCCUGGUAUUAAAAAAAAAUACUGGGCCCAUCUUUUUCAUUUUAUUUUUUUCUGUGGCAUUAAAAUAUUUAUAAAAAAUUA